AUGCAAAACUCACCCACUAUUAUCUCAAUUCCGCCGCCGUUUCCCUUCCCUCCUUCGCCGCAGUCCGCCGGUCAAGUCGUUGUCCUUCCAGCACCGCCUCCACCGUUUCAACCAUUCGCCACCGCUCCCAGCUCCGUCUUUCAAAUCACCGUCCACCCUGCACCCCCUCAACCACCGCCUUUCGCCGGCGAGUCUAGCUCCGUCGAUUUAUCACCUCUGGAGUUUCUCCUUGCUCUUAUUGCUAUUGUCGCCAUUCCUGCCUUGAUCUAUACGUUUAUCUUCGCCUACGGAUGUUCAUCCUCUGACCGUCGGAGAUCCGAUGAUAUAUCCGACGCUCAAUCAGUUGCAUCGGAACUCUCUCGCCAUGAUGUGGAAAGUGUUCCUGCUGGAGAAUCUGCCGGACUGAAGUACCAGGAGAUAUGUCCGACGAAAAUCAGCGGCGAGUGUCCGGUGUGUUUGUCGGUGUUUGCUGACGGUGAGGAAGUUCGGGAACUGAGCGUAUGCAAACACUCGUUUCACAGUUCUUGCAUCGAUCUGUGGCUCAGCAACCACUCCAAUUGCCCAAUUUGCCGUACAACUGUUACCGACGAUGCUGCGACGGUUAAAAGCUCCGGUCCCAACAGAGACGGUGAUCUUCAACUGGUUCCCGAUGAUGCUUCUUCUUUGGUUUGA